CUUCCAGCUUUCGAGGGAUAGUUCAUAGUUUUAUUCCAGGCUCCUUCCCACUAGGGGUCGGCGUUGCCGACGUGGACCUUGCUCAGGUCGAGUUCACGCGCUGUACUAUUUUCACUUUGGUCCAUGUAGCACUGCAAUGCCAUCCUCUAAAUGCCUUUGGUGUACCGGGUGGCGAACGGUGUCAAAAGGUGGAGCAUCAAUGUGACCUGUCGCUUCGCAUCAUAGCUAAAUAUCAGUUUCACCUCACACGUCCUGCUGAUCACGAGCUUGCGGCGGAUUAUCAAGCGGGGAUUGCAGUUCUGGAAGCGUGGCAGAGUCAAGUUGGGAAUUCAGCUAAGAAUAUGGUUAUUGACGACGUGACUGGUAAGAUGCUUCGUAUGGUGAGAAAUGUAUUUGACAAACGGGAUGUUGCUGUUCCUGACUCUCCUCAUGGCCGGAAUGUCGAGGGUGCACCGAAAAUGGAUCACGAAACACAGGAAUGGCCAAUUCCUGAAGAGUUCGUCAGUGAACUGGAUGAGUUGAAGUACCAUUACCAAGCAGAUCCUCUUCCUCUUUAUCACGACGGUCAUCUCGUCGAACCAUCACACGCGAAUGAAGUUACUAUCAACGGUGCCAUUGUCGAAGUUCAUUUCGGGGUUCUCCAUUGGCGAAUCCGUGACUUCGACACAUUCCAGGCUGAUGUUGACAAAGUGGUCAUCUUGAAGCCUGGCUACGGUCACCAUACGAGCAACUACAAACGUCCGCACGAUAGUGAAAAACUUCCAGAACGUGACACGAAAAAAUCUCGUCAGGAGGCGUCCUCGAGUUCAUCAGAAGUUUAAAGGUGAGAAUUGUUUGGGGCAAACUGCGAGCGAAGUUGAACAUUGUGAAGAUUAUAUUAGGUAUGAAGAUCGUGGUUAUCUAAGGGUCCUGGGUACGAUUUUUGCAUCGCAGCUUAUUUUUGCGUGGUUACGAUUCUUGAUGCAGAGCGGCGGGUUGUUUUCGUUCGUUUGGUCAAUUUGCACGUGUUUUGAUGUUAUUUAUGUAUCUUAUCUUAUUGUAUCACGUUUUAAUGCGUCACUAUGUUUACUAUUAUUUGGAAAUCACAU